AUGGAUAACGACGAUGACUACUUCUCCGACGAGUUCGAUUCGUUACCUCCCGGUACAUUGUAUGAGCUGGAGCAAAAUGCUUUCCAGGCUACUCAAGCCCCGGCGACACAGCUUCCUCCUCCAAAUGCGGGCUACACGCCCCAGGCACAGGUGAAACCAAACCCUCGCUCGACGACCUUACAACCUCCACCACGCCUUCACACAGGAUUGACAAACGACUAUGAUACCCUCGAAGUCGGUGAACUGGAAGCAGAAGUGCAUGAGAAUGUCGAUGGGAACAUGGCGCACGCACCUAUGGGGCUUUCGGAAGACCAGCCGAUCUUGAUAGCUGAGAACGGGUGGCCUGUUGAGGAUCGGAUGGCUGUGGAAAUGGAGGUCGAUCGACCCCAAUAUGCACAGGAACACAAUCACGAAUGGGACGCACAUCUCAAGCAGCUGGAACAAGAAAGAGAGCGAUUGAGGCAAGAGUUGGAUGAGGCCAAACUACAGUUGGAAACAAAAGCUGGGGAGAUCUCCAUCAUCCGAUCAAAACAACUGAGAAUGAUAGCGGAGCAUGAUAGGCAGCUGUCAGAUUUGCGCCAGGCCUUGGCCGACGAGGCGGCAAAGCAUAAAGAAGAAGUGGAAGCUGCCAUGUCCGAAGGCAAGAUGUUAGCAACAGAGAAUGUGUUCCUCCAGCAUGACCUUGCAGAGGAGUCUCAUCAGCUUCGCAAGUUCAAGACGAGGCACCGGAACGACGAGAAGCAACCACCGGUUACGCCUAAAAAGAAUAAAGCACUUCCGUUUCGUGAUGGGUUUGACGACGAUGAGAUUGCCGUGGUAUCGCCCAGUAAAUCGGCCGUCCGAUCCAAACGAGCUACGCCGACCGUCCCAGGGAAAAGGAAACGGCAAGCCAGUCAAGACAGCCCAGCACCUUUGCAGCUGAAUUCUGCUGCCGAUGCGAUGAUGAUAGAUUCCCCAGUUGAUGCUUCUGCGUCUACUUUGGAAGAAGUAGGGAAGCCCCAGCCAGAGAGUGGUGAGCAUGAGAAGCGGCUUAUCAAGCGGCUCUUGAAUCAUCGACGGAUUCCUGGCCAAGAAACAGAUAUCGAGGCUCUUUCUCGGAUGUCUUUCCCUUCGGAUCCAGCGCGGCCAUUAUCUAACAUAGUACUGGAUGAACUGGCCAACCUCAACAUGGGCAGCUACCUGGUAGAGUACAUCCAUACUAUUGGGCCACUCUGGCAACGGGCGUUGACUGAGCGUUAUUACGAGCCGGUGCCCCUGUUUAUGGCCGUAGUGCGCGAUAUCCUUUUACUAGAUGAUGCUCCUAUCCCCGAACUUAUUGGGCCCUUGCUUGGUGUACUUCAGGAUUCUGUGGAGGUUAAUGCGGUCCCUCGAUUCCGAUACUCCCCUGCCGCUCGAGAGAAGGCGCGGGUCAUUCGACAGACACCGCAGGCUGACUUACAGCCCAAAGUCGACUCGACUGAAGCUUUGCGUCUACUCUAUCAGGUGGCAUGCAAGAUCUUACAUGUCAAGCGCGCCCUCGAAAGCUUCUGGCUGCAUAUCCGGCAUACCUUCAUUCUGGUCAUGGUGCAUGGAUCACAGUCGCUCCAUGAUAUUAUCCUCAUUCUUCACUUGCUUUCGACCAGCAUCCGACCCGAGUCGUUUGGCCCCAUUAUGGCUUCCGAGUCAGAGCAGGCAGACGUGCAGAGAUGGAUUAUCGACCGUCUGACGCACAUGCUCAGUGAGUCCGCGCAGCCCGACGAGGGCCUUGACCCGUACACUCCAGAUGAUAUCUGUGCUAUGCGCCUCGAAGUUCUGCUUCUGUUGGAGUCCUUGGCGUUUAAUCCCGCCGCGCCCACUCGAGAACACGGCAGCGCUAUUAUCGCGGCACAUCCAAAUGCAUUGGCUCGUCUAUUCCGGUCCAUGCACGACGAGCUUGAUGCAUUAUAUACUUCGCCUCCCGAGCAAGAUUUGCGGGUCGUUUUAGUAAAUGGUUUAAUGCGACUCAUCUUCGGGGUGAUGCGCCGACAUGGAGCUUCGAUCAACAUGCAGGAGAAGCUUGCUUGUGUGCCGGGCAGUAAACAGAAACAUCUAGUCGUGCUCACGCGGCUAGCCUUUUGCGACGGAUGCGUAUUAGAAGCUGGGAUUGACGACGAUACGGUGGACAUGGCGCACGAGUUACUGGAGGAAUGGACCAACCCGCAGGAGGCAGAGUCAUUGGCGGAAGCUUUCCCUAGCUCUCGACGUGACUAA